GCUUUCAUUCACUUCUGGGUAGUUGAGCCCUCCUGCAUUCGCACGCGCCAUGUCCACGCUGAAGCCUGCACUGCCGCGUGCAGAGUCGGAGCUUGGGCGGAACCUGGAGCAGAAGGGCACCAACAGCUACUACUACGCCCACAACGAUGUCGCCUGGGAGGUCCCAGAGCAUGCGAAGAUCCGAGCAGGGCCUGGGCUUGUAACGGGUGGUGCGCCUGUGAAGCUAGGCGUCCCCGAGGCGGCCGGAGAGGGUGGCUACGCGGGUGGCGACGCCGCUCCCUCCGGUGAGAGCGGCGAUGGCACCGACGCGGUGGGCGCAGCCGCUGCAGAAGUCGUCGCAGAGCUGCGGAGACGCGUGGAGGAGCUCGAAGGCCAACUGAUGCAAGCGCGGAUGGGCACGAAGCCCAUCUCGCAGUUCUCCUUCAGCGACGAGGGCGCCAAGUGUAAGGUCUAUGUCGACGUGGAGAAGGACGUGCUGGAGAGGCCCCUCGAGGACGACUCCUCCGGCGCCUGUGAGGCUGCUGUGACGGUGGCAUUCUCCGGCAGGAGCUGCAGCCUCCGAGUGACGCUGGUGGCACUCGAUGGCACGGUUCUGGAGCGGAGGGCGCUCACGCUGGCGCGGGCCCUGCGGGCAUGCUGAAACUUCACGGGUAAGUACCCUCCAAAUCACUAUGGAUGUGGAUGGCCCCACCCCUGCAAACAGGAUGUUCACAACUUUCCUCUUACAAACCGGGCAGUUCCAUGUUAUAUAGCGAGUCGGAGUGCAAACUAACCAGUUACGAC